GUAGAACAGGCCGAUUGACAGCUUCUGUUACCUUGAUCCCGUUUUCUUGACGUUCUUGACGGAGUUGUGGAAACGCCUUACGCCAACGUGCGGCGGCGCUGCUGUGAGAGCCAUUGCUGACGCGUCGUCGCCGGUGAGCCGCGGCGGUAACGAUGAUGGCCGACCUCCACUCGCUGAUCGUCCAGGAGAUCCCCAAGGGUCGCCAGGACCUGAUUGACAGCCACACCAACCUCGAACGGGUGGCCGAGUACUGCGAGGGCAACUACAUCAAU